AUGUUGCGGUGUAGCUCACUUCAAGGGUUUCCCGCAAACCAUACCGUGAAAUCGCGUUGGAUGGCAAGCGGGGCUCUGAAAAAGUGGAGCGUUGGCAGUUUUCACGCGGUUCGAUCGAUCUUUCCCUCGCAACUUCAGCACCCUGCGGGGAGAGGAGUGGGAGGAGUCUCUGCGAACGUCUUCCCCCUCUCCCACACCGCGCGUUUCGUACAGUACGCGACGAACGCAGCGAAUUUCGAAACGCAGGUGUUGCAAUCGCAGCAGGCGAUUUGUUUAGUGUAUUACAUCCGCAACACCAACUGCUCUGCCUACCUCCGCCAGACGGAGGAGCUAGUGGAUGAAAUCAACUCGGAAAUCUCCGGCAAUACAAGCGAUCAUCAGGAAGAGACGCCUUCGCAAGGGGAAGGGGGAAAGGAGACAAACGAAACCCUUUCCACGCACGAGGGGAAAACAAAGAAACCGCAGGAAUGGCUAAAACUCUGCACGAUUAACGCGGAUGAAAACCGCAAUCUCGCCUCGGCGUUCUCUGUCGAGCGCUCGAAGCUGCCGAUCACCUAUUUUAUCAUGCAAGGAACGAUUAUCGACAAGGUGAUCGGCCAUAUCGCCGCCACGCGGCUACGCGGCAUCCUCCAUAAAUUUAUCGAGCACUAUCAAAAAGAGAUGAACGUGGAUUUACUCGCACGAACGAACAAAGAGGCGUUUAAAUCGGGCGGACUAAGCAAUCCAAUCCCCUCCGCGGCGACGGCGGAUCUCCUCGACAGCGCCUCGACGUCGUUCAUGCAGGAAAAGAUUCUCUCCGCGCUCGCCGGGGUGGAUAUGAUUCGCCUGCCCGAGGAGGCGAACCUCCUCGACGGCAUUCGCAAAACGUUGCAGCAGGCGAAGAAAAAAGCCCACCGCGAGCUUCAGGACCUCCACCAGGAGCUCGGCAUGGGGAUUCGACGCCUUUCCGAUACGGAGCUCCACGCGAGGUAUUAUAAAUCCGCGCCCUUCCUCGCGAUGGCGGUGAUAUCAACCCUGGAGGCGUUGUUUUUGGCGAGAUCCUAUGCCGCGUUAGGGGAUAUCGCGAAGCAAAACGUGAUCUGGGCGAAACAAUCCAUCCAACGCGAGUUUGAACCCGUUCUGGGGGAUGCGAAGGUACGCCGGUUGUUAGCUUUGGUCGAUGCGAACCUCGUGAAAGGGGAUCUCCGCCUCGCCAUCGCCACCACCACGAAGAAGCUGCACGAACUGCAGACCUCCUCGUCGAUUUUGCCAAAGAAUAACGAGGGAAAGGAAGCGGAGGCCCCUUUGCGGGAUUCACUUCAAGCUGAAAAAGAACUUUUAGAAGAAAGCAUGGCCUACUUUAGUGAGCUCAUGGAAGUGAUUGAUCAGCAUGUCGAUACGCGGGCGGUUGGCGGGGGCUUUCCCGAUGCCAUCGUCGAGAAGCUUCUUGCAAAGCUAAAAGAAGAUGUCAAAUUAAGCAAAUUAUCCAGCGGUAACACGGAGUCCUCGGAAUCGGCAAGCACGCUGAAAAAUCGAACGCGCCAGCUCGCGGAGGAGAGGGUUUCGCAUACGAAAACGAUCUUAACGUGCCUGAUAAGCCUCUUUGCUUCGGAUCCAAAGGGGCCUGCCACCCGCUCGAGAUUGUUUUCGAUAUUAUACUAA